AGCCGGGUGAUUUGAAACGUUUUCAUGCAUAAACAUGAGAACGUCUGCUGUGUUCUACAAGGGAUACCUCAAACUCUUGAUAGCUAGUUUGUGGAGCAUGAUUUGCUUGCUAUUCAGAAGGCACUUAAAAACAGCAUUAAAAUACCAAAGUGUGAAAUAUGAUAUUGUUCCUUUAUCUCCCUUAUCUAAGUACCGGUUAUGUACAUUAAGACGAAAAGUUAUGGUAUUAGAUUUGGAUGAGACACUGAUUCAUUCAGUACACGAUGGAAUAAUGCGGCCAACGGUCAGACCAGGAACACCUCCAGAUUUCGUUCUCAAAGUUUUUAUUGACCAUCAUCCUGUUCGCUUCUCAGUUCAUAAACGACCACAUGUUGAUUUUUUCCUUAAUGUGAUAAGCCAGUGGUACGAACUUGUAAUAUAUACAGCUAGUCUUGAAAUUUACGGAGCAGGAGUAACGGAGCUGCUCGACAACGGACGCCAUAUUCUUCAGAGACGAUUUUACAGACAGGUCGGUUAUUGUUGAGGAAAUUAUUUCCAUUUCAGCGUUACGUCCAUAAUUGCUUGUUCGGUAAUACAAUUAGUGUAAAAUUUAAAAUAAAUUCUAUUCUUUUUGAUAUCCAUCGAAAGAUAUGGAAUCCAUUCCUCUUCCAAGAUCUAUAAAUCGACAACAUUGUACAAAUAAAUAUAUAAGUUGAAAAUAUUCAUCUAUUUGGCGAAUUAUUUUUCAGUGAAGGAUCUAUACUUGUAUCCUAUGAAAACUUAGUUCUAAAGAUUAUUAGGAUCGAUCCCAUAUGAUCUCUAAGACAGUAUCCCUCAUUUUGAACUCUGAAUAGUCUGCAUGAAGUGUGAACACACGUGGAGUUGAAAUCAUCCAAGUACCAUCAUUUCCCUACAAUAUCGCUUAUAUUCUAAUACGCAAUGUUCUACGUGUAUGUUAGAUUAAAGUGUUACCACGUAGUAUUCCUGAUUUCCAUUUUUCUUAAGAUGAUCAUUCGUGCUUAUCACCAACCCAAUCAACAAAGCCACUUUUUUGUCUUAGACUUUCCUAUUCCACAAUAGUCAAUUACAAAACAAGAUUAUAAUGGGUUACAGUCGUCUUGUAUUUAUUGUCCAGUCACCUCGUUUCUGAACAAAGAACUAUGGAAAAAACAGUUGAAGGGGAACAACCAACGACAUAGCCUUAUAUUGCCAACUAGAAAUGUUUAGCGCCUUAGAAUGCUGGGUUUAAGUUUAAAUAGUUAUAAUCUAAUUGAAGGUAACAACCUUGGAGAGUAUGAGUUAUCUAAUUUUGUGCAAAUCUGGUAGGCACGUUAUGAUUAUGUCUAUGUUACCUUUUUAUCCAUCUCAAGUUAAUUGGUGUGUGUUUACUUGACCUGUACUCAGCCAGUAUAAAAGUUUUAACAUAAAUUAACCAUCCUAACAUAAUACCUUUCUUUCGUAAUCCAUUCUAUACGAUAUCUGAGGACUUAUUGUCUUCAGUUGUGUUUAAUGAGAAAUAAAAAUAAAAAGGUACCAGUUAAAUAGAAAACAACCAAUUUGCUGUACUUGCCAGUUCUCAGGUCAUUUGUGAAUCAAAAUUGCUGGUAAUAAAUGUCUAUACUUCUCAUAGAGGUUCUCUGCACUGUAGAACAAUUUAAUGAUGACCCAAUAUUACUAGGAAAACCAGAGCUUCUACGUGUCAUUUUAUCAUUGAAUGAAAUUAAACCAAUCGUUCAAGAAUUGUCUAGGUUCGGUUCAUAAAAAGUUUACAAUAAGCAUUUUAAACUCCAAUUAAGACAAAAAAUGUAAUAUUUCUGGUCAGCCAGUUUCAUAAGUUACUCUAGGAUCAUGUCUCUAUCUUUAAGAUAGAUUUUUAUUUAUUUAUUUUGACAUAUAGGUAUUGGUACACGGAGGCACCAAAUACAUAUGCGCCACGCAGAUCUCAUUUGAUAUGUGUGAGGGCUGUGAUACUGUCCGGGUGCCCAAAACGAAGUAGAUGGUUUUCUUAGGGGGCCACACCCCGAGCCUUCGACCUAAAGGUCUAACCCACAAGGCAAUGGAGCAUCGUGAGGAGAUGCAUUCCCAUGGUAGCCGGUGACCAACGAUUGGUUCAUACGCCAUUUGUUCCUUCAGGAUACUGUAGCCCAUGUGCACCAUUAGUUUGGGAUCCGGUUAAAGAGCCGGACAUUCGCUUUUCGUUCUCUCAUUUUCGUAAACAGCAGCCCCGCCACGAGAAGGCAGUGAGUAGGACUUCCAUGACAGAGGCUAUAUACGCGUGGCCAUGUGAGAGCAUUUCGAGAGAGAGAGCGGACUCUCCCCACUCUCGGCCGUACCAGGGCAUUUUGGGGGUAGAUAGAUGUAAGACUGAAAGCUAUAAUGUUUCGGUGUUAAUAAAUUUAAAUUGUUUGCUAACUUUUUUCGUUUAGUGAUUUGGACCUUAGCACGUUUAUACCAGGUUCUCGGUUGAUUAUAACUAAUUGAAUCUCUCAUUUCUAUGUUGUUGAAUGUCUUGGUACUUUAAGGAAGCGCUUAUUUGGUGUUUUUUUGUUUAUCUACUGUUUCAGCAUUGUACAUAUGAUAAUGGCAGCUACUCAAAGAAUCUUUCCCUAAUUACCUCUGAUAUGGCUUCUGUAUUCAUAUUAGACAAUUCUCCAGGGGCAUAUCGAUCAUAUCCCGGUAAUUUUGUGCAACUUAUUACUAUAUUUCUAAUUCAUCUAUUGUCUAGCUUGUUUUUGAAGGAAAUUUAAGGUUCUUUCAAACUUGAAUCGUUUUUAAACAUUUGUUUAAUAAUUUUUGCAACCUGAUCUCACGUUCGUUUCAGACAAUUUUUAUUUUCGAUUUAUGAAGAGUCGGUUAAAUAACUUGUAGUUGAGUUUCGUCCAUCUAUUAACAAUGGGACAAUAAUAACAAAGAUUGCUUAUAUUGAUGUCUUUCACCCUAAUUUUUACCAUGAAAAGAUAUAACUCGUACCAUGAUACAACCUUCUAGAAGUAAGGUUCUUCUGAUUUUAUUCAAUGACUAAUCGCAAGUAAUCAGUGCAUAUACAUUAUCCUGUUAGUGUCAUAAACUUCAGUAAUGCAAAAUAAUUACUAUACGCACUGUUGCUAAUGGCAAGCCAAGCUCAAUGUAUGUAAUGAGUAUGUUAUUACAGACUGAUGAAAAUUAUGUUAUUAAGCUCCCAGUCCCACAUUGUGUUUAUUCAAAGAACUUUCAGUAUGUUGACGAUAGACUCAACAACAUUUUCAUUUGUAUCCAGUAUCAGAAGAGAGUUCUGUCCAACAAAAGUAAAGCAACUCAUAUCAAAUAACAAUGACUGCAUAAAUGUUAUCAACCAACUUGUGAAGGAUGUCAGUGUAAUGAAUGUACCUAAUAUUUAAAUGAAAUACUUCGUGCUUUUCGCUGGUAGUCUUUCACGCAUUUCUCACAGAUCUACACUGUAUGACGACAGUAAAUAUUUUAGACAAUUUAUAUCAGAUCCCCACCCUUUUUAAAAUGAAUACGACAAAGGUCUAAUUAUAACUAAAUAUAUACUCCUAGUUUUCUACUGUUGGGAAUGAUGAGUACAAACUGUUAAUCACACAUAAACUUCAAUAAUUUCAUUACAACAUACCAGAUAUUUUCAAAUGAUCAAGUCUCUCUUCCUCGACAGAAAUAUAUCCAUCUUUGUAAAAAAGCUUGAAAAUGGUUCUUUAGUUCCGAUGUACUGUACCAUCUUAUUAGUUGAAGCUAUCUUUAUACACUUGCAUCAUCGAGUACAUUAAUGUUCAGCUAUUAAAAAUGCUCAAAAUAUUUUGACCAAAGUUGCUACAACAGUAAAUCAGUUAAAAUAUCUUUUGAAGUCUUUUACUCAGCUUUCCAAGCAUAUUUAGUUGUCAUCUAUCAUUGUGCCAUCAAUCUCAGAAGUGAAUUAAGGAAGUGUCAUUACAAACACUUUAUUUGAUACGGUCAUUUGAUAAAUAACUUCAGGGUGUAUUGUUUGGAUAUAGGGAUAAAGUUAUUUCGUUGGCAAAAGUAACUGUGCCACUAUAGCUUCAAUUUACGUUAUGAUAACGGUUGUUUACAUAUCAUUAUUAACACCUAUACGUUCUCCUUAAAUUGAUAUUUUUACUGCUUUGUUUGUCUUUCAGUUGAGAAAUAUUAAUAUGCUUAUAUCAUUAUUAGGAAUAGCUUGAAUUAUCUUGUUAAUAUUUAGGACUGGAUUUUGAUCAGUAUUUGUUGGUGUAUGUGCACCAUGUAUGGAUUGCCUCGAUAUAAACAUUAUGACACAAGUUAUCCAUUUUAAAAUAAUUUUUGUUAGUAAUGAAAUUCCAGUGUGAAUAUCAACAAUAGGAUGCUGUCCAUCUAUCUGAUGAGUCCCAAACAGGACGAAAUGUGGGUCCUGGAUCCAACUCCUAGUCACAACUCAUCCGUUUUAUCAAUAUUCUUAGUUUCGUUUAUUUAUUUGUUUAGUUAUUGGACUUUUACUAGUAAUUGUCUCUUUUUGUCGUGUAGUAGUAGUCAAAGGGCUCGGCUUCCAUUCACUAAGUCUCAAGUUCGUACCCCCUUCUACCCACCUCUGUUUGGGUAGCUGGGUUUUAUCAUUAAUUCUUACACCUUGCGUGGUUUAUACUCAAAUACCUAGUGAGUGAGUUGAUUUAGUAAAACUAUUUGUUUCUCUUAUUUUGAUGCUUUUUCCAUCUUUAUUUUCAUUCCUACAGAUAAUGCUAUUCCAAUUCGGUCGUGGUUUUCCGAUUCACGUGAUACAGCCCUUCUAUGUCUGCUACCAGUACUGGAUGCUCUUAGGUUUGUGAGCGAUGUACGUUCAGUACUAAGUCGUAAUUUACACAGGCCUCAAUCCAUACUACCUUAACACUAAUACAUACAUACAUGUUCUUUUGUCCGUAUACCUGAUUACUUUUUUGUGUGACCAGAUUUUAUAGGUUCUAAUUAUUAUUAAUACUUAGUUGUAUAUUCGACUUCACAACUCUCAUUUCAGUUAAACCUUUCUAGUGCGUUAAUCUUUAUACUUAGAAUUUUAUCAGACUAUAUAAUGUGUACAUGAUGUUUUCUAAUUUCAUUAGGGCUCCUUAUCUAAUAGACUCAGUACUGUGUUUUGGAUUAUUAUUCUCAAUAUCUUUCUGUGUUUGCUACGUUUUUAUUCAUGUUUUAAAACUUUAUAAUCUUUUUGUCUCCAGUCCACUCUAUUGUCUGCACAGUAAUACUCUAUUUUGCAUCUGUAGUUUGAUUCCAGUUAAUGAAUAACUUUAAGGAAGUGUUGUGCAAAUUAGUAUAUAUACUCUACUUUUUCUCUGUACGCCUCAGUUAAUAUGAAAUAGAUACAAUUGAUUUACUGAUACACUACUAGAAUAACAUAUUCUAUUGUCCUUGUGAACAAAAAUUGUAUUAUAUUUUGAAUACUUUGUUUCUUAUACUUAUCAGUAUCAUACAUGUUGUUAUUUUUAGAAUUCCCUUCAUGUCUAAUUCCAGUCUCUCUAUUUUCUUCUUCUAAUGAUAAAAAAUACAGUUACUUAAACUUAAUUAUUACCUCAAUAACCAAUUCUACCAGCUUUCUUGUGUGUGUACAUAAUAAAUAUACAAUUUAUUUCUUACUGUAA